AAGUUAAAGUGAUCAAUAUAGGUUAUUCAAAAUGGUUAAAUGACAAUUCUAUCUUUAUUAAAAAUUUAUUUAUUUAUUUAUUUAUUAAAAAUAAAAAUAAUUAUUUAGAAGCGAAAAUAAUAAAAUCAAAAUAAUGUUUUUUUACGAUUUUUCAAAAACUUAUUCAUUUUUCUAACUUCUUUUCAAAGGACAUUUUGAUAGUUUCUUCCAAUAUUUUCUUUUUUGCAAUUUUUUUGAAUUCACUUUUAACAGUUUUUCUUAAAAAAAAUUGUGACCGCCUUCCCGAAUGCAUGUGUAUGAUAUCUUCUUGAAUUUGUAAAAAAAAUAAAAUCAUGUCCAUGAAUGUCUUUAUAAAUGUGUAAAUAGACUUGUUAAAUGUAGUUUGUAUGUAUAUUUAGAAAAUUCUUCCUAAAUGUGUAUGUCAUCUUCUUGAGUUUUAUUUAUAUGCUUAUUUAGAAAAAUAUUACUCAAUAUGUAAUAUCUCUCAAAAAUUUACGAAAAUACUUUUAAAUAUUUUUAUAAUACCAUUAUAAAAUUUGGAUAUUAAAUUCAUGAGGUAUUUUAAAAACUUUAAGAAGAUGUUAUACAUAUUUAAGAAUAUCUUAUUAAAAGUACAUAUAAUUCAAAUUUAGUAAGAUAUUCUAUAAAUAAAUAUUCAUGAAGAUUUUCCUAAAUACAGAUUUAAGAGUAUCUUUAAAUUGACUUUUAUAAAAAAAUUCCUAAAUUGUAUGAAUAUAUUAUACAUAUUUAUUAAUAUCUUUAUAAGUUUUAGAAAGAUAUUAUACUUAUUUAAUAAGAUCUUCUUAAACUCAAAUUCAGAAGGAUAUCAUGCACAUUGAAGAAUGUAUCAUACAUAAGAUAUGGUCUUCCUAAACUUUUUCAAAAAUUGAUUCUUAAAAAAUUCAAAAAAAAAUAAUUAGAAGUCACAUCAGAAAUAUUAGCUGUUUGACCAAGAAAAAAACUUGGCAAAACCUUUAUAAACCCCAUGCAAACUUUCACUAACUAGGCCACAAAUCUUCUUAAAGAUCAUCGAAAAUGGGAACCCAAACUUUCAUCAACUGUUCUCUCUUAGCUAUCAUCAUCACCUUCCUCGUUUCCUCUUAUUCAGCUCACUCGCAAGACCUCACCUUCAAGCUGAUCCACCGUGACUCUCCCCAUUCUCCACUCUAUAACCCUCUCCACACCGUCUCCGAUCGUCUCAAAGCCGCUUUCCUCCGUUCAAUCUCCCGUUCCCGCCGUUUCUCAACCAAAACCGAUGAUCUCCAAUCCGGUUUAAUCGCAAACGGUGGCGAAUACUUCAUGAGCAUCUCGAUCGGUACGCCACCUUCGAAAGUCGUGGCCAUCGCCGACACUGGAAGUGACCUAAAUUGGAUCCAGUGCAAACCAUGUGAAAAUUGUUACAAACAAAAAGGUCCAAUCUUCGACAAGACGCACUCUUCGACCUACAAAACAGAAGCUUGCGAUUCCAAACCCUGCAACGUAUUGGCCAAAAAAGAAAAAGGAUGCGACCAGUCACGGAACAUCUGCAAAUACCUUUACGCUUAUGGAGACCAGUCGUUUACUAAAGGAGACAUUGCAACCGAAACAAUCUCUAUCGAUUCUUCCUCUGGCUCCCCAGUUUCUUUCCCCGGUACAGUCUUCGGUUGCGGCUACAAUAACAGCGGUACGUUCGAUGGAACCGGGUCCGGAAUCAUCGGUCUCGGACGUGGACCAUUAUCUUUGAUCUCUCAGCUAGGUUCUUCCAUAGGGAAGAAGUUUUCGUAUUACUUGUCAAACACGUCAUACUCAACAAACGGCACAGGUGUCAUUAACCUAGGAACCAACUCGAUGCCUUCCAACCCAAGCAACGGCUCUGCUGUGCUCACUACACCUUUAAUCUAUAAAACCCAAAAUACUUACUACUACUUGAAUCUGGAAGCAAUCACCGUCGGAAAGACCAAGAUUCCGUACACCGGAGGAGGAGGAGGAGGAUCCAGUUUAAACGAGAAGACCACCGGGAACAUCAUAAUCGAUUCCGGAACUACAUUUACGUUUCUAGAAUCUGGAUUUUACGAGAAGUUUGGUGCGGCGGUGGAAGCAUCGGUGACCGGAGCUAAGCGUGCGAGUGAUCCACAGGGGCUGUUGACACACUGUUUCAAAGCCAGACACAAAAAGAUUGGUUUGCCGGAGAUAACAAUGCAUUUCACGGGAGCUGACGUGAAGCUGAGUCCGACAAACGCCUUCUUGAAAAAAGAUGAAGAGAUUGUGUGCUUGAGCAUGAUUCCGACAACUGACGUUGCUAUCUACGGUAAUUUGGUUCAGGCGGAUUUUCGUGUCGGGUAUGACCUGGAGGCUAAGACGUUGUCGUUUCAAAGAAUUGAUUGCUCUGGGAGCUUGUAAUAUGAAUUUAGCGAAUCGCUAGAAUAAAUAAAUAAAUAAAUAAAUAAUAUAGCUAUUUUGUUAUUUUCUUCUUAUAUUUUUGAAACCGAAAUACAAAUAGCCACCAACAGCUAAAAUAGUCCAAAGACGACGAAAUUAAAUACUACUCUCUCCGUUUUCUUUUAUUUGACGUUUUACAAAAAAAAAUAGUGUAUCAAAUUAUUUGACGUUUGCGAAAUUCAAUACAAAAGAUGGCAAGUUCUGAUUUUUUCUAUCUUUAUAAUUAAAAAACGAGUUCAGUCAAAAAGGUUAAUCUAACAUUAAUGAUAUGGAUUAAAAUAGAUAUUAUGUUAAUCUUUCUUAAUUGAUGUACCAAGUUGUAAAACGUCAUAUAAAAGUGAACGGAGGGAGUAGUAUUUAUAAGUUGAAGACUUAUCAUUUGAAAUACUUAUAGAAAUUUAUCUUUCUAAAGUUAUAUGAUAACCUCAAGGUGAAAAUAAAAUUUAGUAAUAAAUAAAAUAAAAUUGAAAUAUGUUUUGUUUUUCUUGCAGUCAUCUGCCAAUAAGAAGAAGAGCAUAAUAAGCUUUCAUAAAUUAAAAUAUAUAUUUUUUUUUUUAAAUAAGACAUUAAGGGAAAAUAAAAGAUUAUCUGAUUAAAAUUAGAAAAAUACUUCUUAUUUUAAAUAUAUGAUGUUUUGUUUGAAUGUUUAGAGAUUUUAAAAUAUUAUUAAAUUUAAACAUAACCAAUUAUAAAAUAUUUUCAAAAUACAAUUAAUUACAUAAAUGUUUUUGACAAAAUCAAAUUUAACUAUCAAAUAUUCUCUGAAACAUGGAAUAUUUUAAAAUGGAGAAAGUAUAAUUUAAUGAAUAUUAAUAAAUUCAAUAUAAGAGCAGUCAUAAAGGUGUUGAACCAAAUGGCCAAGCUUCAAUUUUUUCCACAACUAAAAUUCAUUCCAUUGUCGUUAUCUCUUCUUAUACGACGGUUUCUUAUACGACGGUUUCAGGUAAAGUAAAGAGUUAAGGAUCCAUAGCUUCAGAUUUCUGUUUGUUUAGGUUUGUGAGCCAAUUCCUUGUGCGCCUUUGGAGGAUACACUAGGCAUUUAGUGAAUCACUACGUCAGGCUGAGAGACAAGAAGUUGAAGCGCAGGUAAAGUCAUUUUUGAACUUCUCUUAGCAUUUGUGGAAAAAACAAAAGUUUAUCUUUGAACAUGUAGCUGAUGUAUUGAGGAGGAGAUCAAAGUUGAAGGAGUCUGAUGUCUCUAAAGAAACCUACACGAAGUUUCAGAAUUCGGAAUCGAGAUUAGCUGAACUCAAAUCAAAGUAUGAAAACCGUUGGCAAAGAAGCUACUAAGGGCCAUGUUAGAAUUCGAUAAUCAGCAGCAUAACGUAACUUAUCAGCGUCUCUGUACUCUGGUAACCUCAAUUUGAUUCAAAUCUUAGCGCUCAUUGGUUAGCUACUGGUCACUGGAUUGGAUAUGAAAUUAUAUUUUAAUGCAGGUUGAAGGUGAGAGAUCGUAUCAUCAUAAUGCUCUUGAUAUCCUCGAUAAGCUACAUUCCAAGGUCAGUAAGUCUCUGAUAGAGUAAAGCUAUCUGUAACAGUAAACUUCUUUGUAUUUGAAUUGAGAAAUGAAUAAUAAGAAUGUUUAGCUUUGAGUAUGAAAAGCUCUCAUGGCAAACCUAGUUAGAAUCAUCGAUCUCAUGGCGAUUGUGUGCUCUAGACUCAUGACGUCUAAGAACUUACAACAACAAAGCAUAAUCUGAAAAUAUCUAUCACAACGUUACUUCAAUACUUUAAUCUUCUUUACUUCUCUUCAAACCUUCCUUCUUAAUCCAAGUCUUUCUCUUCCUCCAAGUUAAGCUUCUCAACGCUUCCCUCCUUCUCUUUAUCAUAACCUCCAACGGCUUUCUCUGCUUCCUUCUUUGACGAUAAUAAGCCUGAUGAUACCUAUUAAUACCUCUCCCUUUAAACCAAGCUUGCCCUCAAGUUGGUAAGAAGAAAAACACUCCACAAACUCUUUAGACAACAUCCAAGUAUCUUCCGAUGAAGCUCUAUCCUUCCACUUCACUAUCCAACUCCAACUCCAAGUCCAACUCCACCCACCAAACGGAACAAUUCUUUCCAAAAAGAACUUAAGAACAAGUGAUCCCUAUCAGACACAAUACUCCUCGGAAAGCCGUAAAAAAGAAAAAUCUCUUGCACGAACUUUUGAGCUACAUCAGCAGGUGAAAAGGGAUGCUUCAAGCAUAAGAAGUGGCAAAAUUUACUCAAUCAAUCUACCACCACCAAGAUCACAUUCACUCCACCGGAAACAGGCAACCCUUCAAUAAAAUGCAUACUCACAUCCUCCCACACUCGAUCAGGUAUAAGCAAAGGUUGUAACAGACCUGCCGGAAACAACGUCGAAUGUUUGUGUGUUUGACAAACAAGACAAGCUGCAACAUAAUCUUGAACUUUUCUCGUUAAACACUCCCACACAAAUGACUUCUGGACGCAUUGAAUAGUCUUUAAAACCCCUUAGUGUCCCCCAAGCUUACUGUCAUGACACUCAUAUAGUAUUAAAGGAAUAAAUUGAGAAUUUUUAGGAAUUACCAAACGCUUCUUCGACCAUAACUUGUCAUCAAUAAUUUGAUACUUCUCAGAACUCAACUCACCCUUACACAACUGCUCCAUCCUCUUCUGAAUUCCCUCAUCAUCCAUAAUUUCCUUGAACAAGUCCUGCCACUGUAAAGCCGUUGUUGUGGUUAAGGACAUCAAUAAAGAGGCAACAAACAUAGUCCGAGAAAUGCCAUCUGCAGCUUUAUUUUCGCAGCCUGGUUUAUACAGAAUAUCAAAGUCAAAGCCUAAGAGUCUUGUGAGCCAGCGUUGAUAUUCCAUAUUAACCUCCUUUUGUUCAAGCAAAUAUUUAACACUCUUCUGAUCGGUACGGACAAUUAAAUGUUUGUCCAACAGGUAAGGUUUCCAUUUCCCUAUAGACAUCACCACUGCCAUUAACUCACGCUCAUAAGUCGGCUUCAGCUGCUCUCUAGAAGUCAGAGCGUGGCUAAAGUAUGCAAUAGGUCUUCCCUCUUGCAUCAACACUGCUCCCAAACCCACACCUGACGCAUCCGACUCCACUACAAACAUCUUCAAAAAAUCAGGGAAGAGUCAAGACUGGAGCAGACAACAUUGCUGCCUUCAUUCGUUCAAAUGACAAUUGAGCUUCUCGACUCCAAACAAACUGAUCAGUCUUCAAAUGACAAUUGAGCUUCUCGACUCAAUGUCUUAGCCAACAACCCAUAAUCCUUCACAAACUUCCUAUAAUAGCCAGUCAAGCCGAGACACCCGCGAAGCUGCUUAACUGUCUUAGGUGUUGGCCAUUUGACCAUUGCAUCCGUCUUUGCAACAUCUGUAGCUACACCCUUCUGAUAUCACUCAAAUUCUCUAAGGAGUGAUUUUACUCUCUCAAAUAAGAGGUUCAAUUUUACAGCCUUGCAAUGAACGGGGUGUCAGGGGGAGCGAUGAACUUGUAUUAUGAGAUGUAGAGAGUUGGUGUCAGGUUGGAUGAUAUAACCUUAGUAGCGGUUUUAACAGCUUAUAAUCUCGGUGGAUUUGUAGAAGAAUGACGUAGAUAUUUUUACUCGAUGACCAAAGUACAUAAGAUACAGCCUAAAGCUGAGCACUACAACUGUCUGAUUGACCUACUGUCCAGAGAUGGCUUGUUAGAGGAAGUGAUAGAUGAGAUGAGAAAUGAAAGCGAUGAAAUUCUAGCUCCUGUGUACUGUUCUCUGUUAAACACCGCUCAGAACUAUGGGAAUAUAGAGUUAGCUGAACGGGUAGCGGAGAAGCUCGAGAAAGUGGAAGUUAGUGAUUCAAGUGCACAUACUCUGCUUGCGAGUGUGUAUGCAUCGGGAGAAGCGUUGAGAUGCUCUUAAUGAGGCGAACUUCAUUCUGUCAUACUCUUAAUUAUUCUGUUAUACUCUUAUCUAAUCUGAUACUCUCCAUAUUGAUGGUUAAUGUUGAAAGUGAUUUUUCUCUACCUGACCGAUUGAAUGCGGAUUGAAUGACGUCAAAUAACCAAUCAAAAAUCGGGGAAAUCAUUAUUCCACUUCCAAAUCGGGAGUAGUCGAAUCUGUUAUUUUUUCUCUCUCAUCUCACCCGCGGGUUUCUUCGGCGUUCUCUUCUUCCUCGUUAUCAUCGCAUUGAGCUAACUCGGCUUCGUCGCUUGGAUGCUGAAUCAUUGAGCUAUUGAUUCCAUUUUACAGGGUAUAUAUCUUAAAGCCAAUGUUUAGAAUCCUUCAUCCACCAAAAACGAUCGAUUUAUAGAGAUUUCGAUUUACAAGAUUCAUAGUUGUAAUUGGACUGGACUAAUCGAGGUUCGGAAAGUGUGAAUAGUAUGUCUAUUAGGGAAUUGGAUAAUCAACAAAUGUAUAAGAAAAGAUAGAACAUCAGGAAUUAAAGAAUGCAGAUAACUCUGAGAUAACAAUUGAAACGAAUUGGAGAGGAGAAAACAGCUAGAACUGGGAAACGUUGGGCAAAUUUGGUUACCGACAAAAUUGUGUAAGAAAGUAUAACUUAGUAUAACUUAAAUGCUAUAACUGUAUAACCAGGUAUAACUUAAUGGAUUUGUUUAAUUUUUUUUUGUAUUGCAGAUGUGUUUUUCGUUUACAAACAUACACUUCGAUUAUGAUGGACAUUAUUCUAACUGUGGAGAUGAUUAUGAAUGGAUUCCAACCAAAUGCUCGUUUGUAUGCUAUAUCCUUUUGGACAUCAUCAUUAGAGGAUAUAACUUAUUCGUUGUUGAGGAAGAGGAUAUGCAGAGAUGGGAUUAGACUCGUUUACGAAGAGGCUGAAUUUGGGCUACGUUCCAUUGGUAGUGGAACCUAAGAGGCAAUUAUAUAUUUUGGAUGAUGAAGAUUGUUAUCUUGCAUAUUUACAUUGUUUUAUCCAUUUAUUCAUGUGCAUUUUCAUCAUAUAGUUUAGGAUUUAGCCAUGUCUAGGUUGCAUUUUGCAUACAUAUGUCUCUAUCAGGUAGUUGAGCACCACAUGGAGUUUCUGGAGACAUUUGAGUGCAUUUGGAGCUCAAAAGGAGGUGAUUAGAGUGAGCUUUGGACGAGCACUGCUGGAGCGACCUCUCGGAGCGACGGCAUGAGGUCGCUGUGCACCACAUCCCGGAGCGACUCAUCCAGAGCGACACAGCAAGGUCGCUCGCGUUUUCAUCACUGGGAGACGCGAGAACAAGCUCGGAGCGACCUUCCAGAGCGACGUGCUGAAGUCGCUCCCGAAGCUUGGAGCGACGUCCCAGAGCGACAGGAAGAAGUCGCUCGCGAAUUCACCACCCGGAGACGCGAGAACAAGCCCGGAGCGACCUCUCGCAGCGACACAGCGAGGUCGCUCCCGAAGCUUGGAGCGACUUGUCGGAGCGACAGUCUGAGGUCGCUCCGUGUUUUGUUUCUGCUCGAACUUGUGUUUUCUCAAGGGCAUUUUGGUCAUUUCAUUAUGCACGUUUUUAUUUUCUAAACCUAUGUUUUAUUACUCUGUAAGCCACCAGGGGGAGGAUCAUCUUUUGUUCUUAGAAAAACCACCAAAAACCUUUGGAAAGUGAUCUCUUUGAAUCAAUUGAUCAGUUUUAUUAUUGAAA